AUGAGUUCUUCGACGCUAUCAGCUGUAACAUCUUCAGUUUCAUUGGAUUUGGAAAGUUCAGGAGAAACCGAAAAGGAGAACAUGCCGGCACCAGACAAAGAGAGCGUCUUCUCGGAUAAAGCGCCUUUCCUGAGCCGUAGUUACGUCCGCACGGCUCUCACCUCACAAUGCGCCCAAGUGGACUCGCGUGCCAGCCUCUGCUAUAGUGUAAAUGGGACAUUUCGUGUGAUCGGUUCGGAGGGCGAAAACGAGAACCGCUUGUUUGACUUUUGCGUAAAAGUAUCAGAAGUUAACAGUCCGCUGAUCAAAGCAGUCGCCUUUUGUGAGCAGCAGAAUCCCGAUUGGAAUCCUCAAAUGGAAGACGCGUCAGUUCUAGUGAAUGGAUACGGCCAGAAAUCGGAAGCGUGUCUCAUUGGCGUGUUUAGCGGAUUCCACGGAGGCUGCGCCGCCAAAAUAGCAUCAGAAGAGCUCCCACUUCUUUUCCUGGAACAACUCUCAAAACGCCCUUCUUUAAAGUAUUCAACAACAACGGAAGAUAUGCAAAAGCUCUCCAGUUUUCGCCCUUUGUUUCGUAAUUUAGAUGAGCCCAGCAUCUCAGACGAUAAUCCCAGCGACACAAUACACAUUCACAGAGCAUUCGAAGAGGCGUUUUGGAGAAUGGACCGAGUGUUGUCUCUGGGUCGCAACGAAACCUCCAGGAUUAGGUGGAGUGGCUGCACCCCUUUAAUUUGCCUAAUCGAGAGCUCAGGACAAGAAAUAAAGGCAGUGGGAGAAGAUGUGAAGGUACAGGCGGGACAGCGGGGUAACAUCCCUGGAAUGAUACACAUUGCCAAUGCCGGUAAUACACAUGCAGUUUUAUGCAGAAAUGGAAAAGGCUACCGUCUGACAAAAGACCACAGCACUGCAAAUCCAAAGGAAAGAAAACGAAUUCUUCGAUGUGGAGGAUCCAUUAGCUUUAAUGAAAAACAUGGAUUAGUAGAAGGGCUAACAAAGGCAACACGAGGUCUGGGUCAUCAUGGAGAUCCCCUGCUUAAGAGGUCUGUUAUACCAGUACCAUGCUCUGCUUCUAUACCAAUUGACUGUUCCUUCCAGUUUUUAAUUUUAGCUUCCAGUGGUCUCUGGGAGGUAUUAAAUGAAACUGAUGUUGCAAAGGUUGGACUAGAAAGUAUAAAAACCUACUUCAAGUCAAAAGACAGCCAUCUCAGAAAUUUUAAAACAUUAAGACAAAGUCCUGUUAUAAAUCAAGAUUCAGAAGAUUUCCUCAGUGCUUCUCAAAGUAACAACAGGACCAAAGAUAUUCAUAAUAAAAUUAAAGAAGGAAUGUCAGAAAGCUCUCUUAAGACACAGUCAUCUGUUAUCGAAGACAGUCCUGAAAAUGAAUAUUUCAAAAAUCUUGCAGGUUUGAUUUGCAAAAACAUUGUGAAAUCUGCAAUGAUGGCAGGAUCAAAGGAAAAUAUUUCAGUUACAGUUGUUAUUCUACCUGGCUGUGACUUUAUUGCUGAAAAACUUUAA